AUGGGAUGCUCCAUUAAUCAAUUCACCAGGUUGAAGCCUUCGAUGUUCGUAGGAAGUGUAGAUCUAGUUCAUGCUGAGAAUUGGAUCCAGGAGCUCAAGAAAAUCCUGGAUGUUUUAAACUACACAGAGAAGCAGAAAGUAACCUUUGCAACAUUCAAGUUGUUAGGGGAGGUAGAGAGAUGGUGGGUGUCAGUUAAGAAAAUGGAGGAACACCAAUCGAUACCAGUAGCAAUGAUGUUGUCCCGUUUCAGAGAUCUAUUCUUUGCACGGUACUUUCUGGCUAUGGUCAGAAAUGCGAAGAUGGAGAAAUUUAUGAACUUGUCUCAGGAGUCGCUGUCGGUGCAGCAGUACGCUGCCAAAUUCCAGGAGCUAUCCCGAUUUUCUCCAUUCAUGAUACCAGAUGAAGCGAGGAAGGCCUAA